AUGAGCAUGAACAGUAAAGAUAUAGAUAAAUUAGAAGCGUCGUCUUCAGAAGAGGAGGAGGAGAUAAAGGAGAAAUAUGAUAGCCACAGUCGGCCGUCAUCUUCCAACAGCACGACGCCGGCGAAUCCAGCGAGUGCGAAUCCUACAAAGUCGCACAAUCACGGCAGCACAUCGCCAACGACGCCACGCCUGCCGAGCAGCUUAGCAGCGAAAAUGGCAGCGAUGGUGAAUAGAGGCAGAGUAUCGAAAGAAAGAGACACUGGCAGCACGAGCAGCGGUGGUAAUGUGAGCAACAUGCAAUCGAAAGGUGGCCAGCCAGUGGGAGCUGGGCUUCGGAGCAUGCGUCAAGCGCCCCUCCCGCCGAACCAGCUGCGUGAGAAGAUGGAAGCCAUGUCAAUGAAUGACAAGGUGGAAGUGGAGAGGUCAUCUCCACAGCAGAAAACAGCAGCAACGCCCUCACCCCCUGGUGGACUCGCAGCGAGACGGGGUAUGAAACUUAGCAUGAACAACAACCCCGCGCCACCAGCAGGCAACACACCCAAAAAGCGUGGCCCGCCUGGAAAGCUGAACCUCAGCAACGAUGACGGCAAGCACGAUACCCCUUUCUCCAAAUUCUCAGACAUCGUUGACCCUUCUGGUAAACUCAAUUUCGGAGAAGGGAAGGCAGUGCUGCAUGCAUCAGGAGUCAACUUUUCCACCGGGCACUCAUUUAAUAUUAAAAUCGAAGAUCUAGAACUGCAGGAGGAGCUUGGCAGGGGAGCGUACGGAGGGGUGCGCAAAGCCAAGCACAGAUCGACAGGCGUGGUGAUGGCAAUUAAGGAGAUACAAUUAGAACUAGACAAGAGUAAACUCGCAGGUAUUGCUAUGGAAUUGGAUAUCCUUCAUCGCGCAGUCAAGCCCCAGAUAGUUGAGUUUUACGGUGCAUUCUUCGUCGAAGGCUGUAUUUUUUACUGCAUGGAGUUCAUGGAUGCGGGAUCGCUCGAUAAACUCUACUCGCCUACAUUCGGUGUACCCGAGGAUAUCCUAGCGUUUGUGACGAAGAAUCUGAUCAUUGGAUUACAAUUCCUCAAAGAUGAUCUGCAGAUUAUACACAGAGACGUCAAACCCACAAACGUGCUAAUCAACAGACGCGGUAAAGUCAAGAUAUGUGAUUUCGGUGUAUCGGGACAACUCGAGAAGUCACUAGCCAAGACCAACAUAGGAUGUCAAUCGUACAUGGCACCAGAAAGAAUACAGUCACCAGAAAGUGGUGUGCACGCCUCGUUUUACACUGUAAGCUCCGACGUUUGGAGUCUAGGAUUAACAAUGGUGGAGUGUUCGCGCGGUGAAUACCCAUACUCUUUCUCGAAUGUCCUCGCGCAACUGCAGGAGAUAGUCAAAGGACCAGCGCCCGAACUGCCAGCUACAUACUCGGAAACGGCAAAGGACUUUAUACACUCGACGCUGCGCAAGGACCCGAACGCGCGACCACAAUACCAGGAAUUACUGGAACAUCCCUUCCUUGCAUAUGACAAAGAGCCAGAUGUGUUUAGGUGGAUUGAAGACGCACUGAGGGCUAAGAACGGCGGCAACUUGCCAGAUUCGAUACCAGAGUCUGAACCUAGUCAUCAUUAUGAGAGGUCGCAUUAG